AUGCGUUUGUUCAAAACGAAAAAACUACUCGACGGCCCCCAAGUGCUGAGCCGGGGCAGCGCCCCACCGUCGCUGGUUUCCCUGGACGUGGCCGGCUCGCCGCCACCCGUGCAUAAUGACAUUAUCGUGGUCGUGCCCGGCCCGGCCACCCAAUCAGCGCUGCAUCCGGCCUCGGUCGGAGGUGGUCCGGUCAGCAGCUUCCUCGUGGGCCAUUCGAAAAUCGUGCCCCCUACCGGUGACAAAAUUGGCGAGCCACUGACGAAUGUCGACGUGGGUGAUGGGGCACCAAACACUGACACACCGAAUACCACCACCGUCGGCACUAUUGUCCCACCGGAUGCUGCCGCAACCGCAUCGAAACCGAGCGAGCCCAAUCAACAUCCCGCAUCGAUGGUGGUGAGCGGGACCACCGUGGGGUCGACUGAUAACAGUAUUUGCAGUAUUAAUAACGCACCUGGCAGCAUCGGUGCCACCGCUGGCGCCUCCUCCACCGCCCCUGCCCCCGGUACAAAGCACGAAAAUGGCAUUCGAUUAACGCCUGCCGAACAGCAGCAGAAUGCACGCAAUCAAGCGCUCCAAGCCCACCAACUGCCGCUGGCGACGUGCUACGGCGAGCUGCCGACGCUCCAGAGUGCAGCGGGCGAGUGCCGGACGUCGAUGCAACGCCUCCCUACAACGGCCACCCCCACGGUCACCGGCAACGGACUCGGUCCUCCUCCGUCGAUCGGCCGAAACGGAGGCAUCGGUUCCACGCUUGGUGGCGGCUUUCGGGUGGUGACCGCCGUACCGGCGCUGGUCCUCGAGGACGACCCGUCGCCUCCGCCGCCCCGCACGCGCCCAGCUGCCUGCAAGGAGAGCAAAAACGUGUUCACAUGGGGUCGCAAGAUGGGCAAAAAGUUCGAUCUCCUUCGGCGCGGUAGCGACGCUAGCCACAAGCUAGCCUCCAUACCGGGCAGCAUAGCGUUGGUCACGGUCGCUCCACCGGUCGUUCCACCAACGUCAUCGUCGACCGGUACGACGUCAUCGAUCAUCGCGGCGUCCAUCGCGUCCUCCUCCGAGCCGUGCAUCAACACGUUGACGGGCGAUGCCGGGGCUAAGAACCGGAUCAAACCGGCCCUUCAGAAAGCAUACCAAAGCAGAAAUGGCGCGACAAAUGCUAGCAAUGGCGCCGACCCGCUGGUGAAGCUCAACACAGAACGAUCGUCGGGGACGUUUCGGAAUUUCUUCUACCGAAUGGGCUCCACCGGAAUGCUCAAUCACAAAUCGAGCCACUAUCAGAAGCAGCAGUUCAUUCAGCAGCAACACCAGCAGCAGCACCAGCAGCAGCAACAGCAGCAGCAGCAUCACCAACAGCAGCAGCAGCAUUUGCUCCAGCAAAUGUCGCCAUCGGUGGAGCACGGGAAGAUGGACAACCAGCAGAUACUGUACCGCAGCAGCUCCACCAGUCAGCUGAACAGCUCGUCAUACGUCAAAUGCGACGACCCAACCGACGGCAUCAAUCUUGCCAAUGGGCACGCGAAGGGAACGGUCGGUAGCAACAGCUCUUCCCAGCUGCACCUAACUGGACUGAACGAGACCAACCAGCAUAGAAACGCGUCCGGGGCGAGUACUCCAACGACCAACAACAAUAAGUCGUCUAGCUGUGACGAUAUUGCGCGCGUUGGAACCAACCACCAUCAGAACGUUGGCCAGCAGCAACAACAUCAGCAGCAGCAGCAAGAAUCAACAUCGAAAAAGAACCACUUCCCGUACGCGUUCCUUCGCUCGAAGCUGUCGGUUCUGCCAGAAGAGAACGGUGGCUCGGUGAUCAACUACAACCGCAUGAAGGAGAACCUCCUGCGCACCGGCAACCGGGGAUCGAUCGUAAGCCUCCGGUCGGACCUGGACAGCGUCUCCAUCACCGACUCGCAGCUGAACAUCUCGACGGGCGAGAACGGCGAAGGCUUUCUGACCGGGACCGGUGACUCCAAGUCGAUCGCGGCGAGCAGUGAAGUGGGCGUCAUGUCCCGCAACAACUCCAUCAAGACGCUCACCGACACCGAGCACAGCUUCGUGCUGAACUACCAGCGGCUUAGCAGCUGCCUGAGCAGCAACGAGUCCGGAUACGAUAGCGAUGGACGCCACGCAGAGGACAAGAUCGACGACAGCAGCAACAUAUCGCUGAAUAGUAGCAUUAGCUCCUCCAACCACCAUCAUCAGCAUCAGCACCACCAGCAGCAACAACAUUCGACGCAAGGGCAAGGGUCACGCGACAUGGGUGACGCGUACGUGGACGCGAUCCGCACCAAGGAUCAGUCGUACGUUUUCGGCAGCCGGAGGCGGCUGUCCUCGUCCUCGUCGUCGGUCGUAUCGGGCGCGAACUUCGACUGCGGCACCAUCCGGCGGCGCUUCCGGCAGAUCAAGCUGGUCAAGCAGCACGCUGACGACACGAUCGGCAUCGAGCUGACGCCGCAAACCAUCGGGCUGGACGAGGGCGAGUGCGAGACGCGCUAUCUGGUCACCGAGAUCGACCCGGAAGGCAUUGCUUACAAGGAUGGCCGAUUGCGCAUCGGCGACGAGAUUGUGAACGUAAACGGGCAUCAUUUACGUGGCUUGCAGUCUCCCAGCACUGUCCAGCGUAUCCUAUCGACAUUUGUCAACAAUGUCGUAGACCUUGUCAUCGCACAUGACGAGUUAACUACGUUCAACUCUGACGGCAAUCGAAAGAUCAAAAUCGACUCCCGGCCGACGAUCGGGCUGCUGGGUGCGACCGGUGGCGGCGGUGGUGGUGGUGGCGGUGGAUCCGGUGCGAUCUCGAUCACUUCCGACGUGUCGUCGACCGGCUCGUCCGGGUCCUCGUCAACCUCGUCGUCGCCGAGAGCAGCACCCGGCAAGCCCACGGUAACGGCCAACGGAGUCGGCAACCCGGUACCGGUCUCCGGUCAACCCGCGAAACCGUUCCCCCUCACACCGAUCUACGCCCCGUCGGACUAUGUGCCGGUGUACGCGAACCGCAUCUCGAUCUCGAACACGAUCUGCGACGACGAGAAGUGGCAGAUGAUCAGCAAACAGCGCGUAGAGGCACUGGCAAAGAACGGCUACUCGCAGAUCUUGGGCUCGAAGCGGCUCAUCAAGGAUAGUGACGAAGAGAUUGCGUCAUCGGCGGACAAGGCGAUCGAUCCGAACGAGACGGGACUGUACUCGCUGUAUCGGCCGGUGUCGCACGGUAGUAUCAACCAGGCGAUACGCCAUCUAACGCAUGGAGAUGGCGGAGCUCCCACCGUGAUGGUGCAGGUGAUCUCCGACACGAUCCGGCGGAAUGUGCCCAUCGGCGGAACGAAGGCGUACCGGGCGGCGAAGGCGUUGAAGAGCGAAGAAGACAUCCCCCGAUCGGUACAACGGAUACGGCUCCAGUCGGACGGUGGUGACGGGAUCGAAGGUGUGUCAGAUGAGUGUCCAUCGCUGGAAGGCAAUCCACUGCAACGCUCGAAGACGGAGAACAACAUUAGUGGUGCGCGGGACGAGUUGGACUGCUCGCUGGACGGUACCAAGUUCGAGGCGGGCGUGCGCAUACUGAUCAACGAGGAAGGAUCGUCCUACAUCGAGGGAAUACACAAGUGUACCUACCUGACCGUCACCUUCUACAAGGGAGCCGGCAUGAAGUCGCUCGGUUUCAGCAUAGUCGGUGGUCGAGACUCGCCACGUGGCAACAUGGGUAUCUACGUGAAGACGGUCUUUCCGAGCGGACAAGCCGCUCUGGAUGGGACGUUAUUGGCGGGAGAUGAAAUACUGUCAAUCAAUGACGUCGCCGUGCAGGGUAUGAGCCACUGCGAGACGAUCGCACUGUUCAAGAACGUCAAGGAAGGACCGGUGGUGCUGAAGCUAGCCAGAAGAAGAUACCAUCGCGCCAAGUCCGUGGACAACCUACCGAACUGAGUGUCAAGUGAACGAUUUCAAC